GAUGACAUGCAUAAAGCUGGAGAGGAAGGCGUGCAGUUUUGCCUACUUCCAGCAGCACAAUACCCAAGGCGGCAAUCUUGCUUCUGUAUCAGAUAACAGGACCCAGGUCCACUGGAGUCCAUCCCUUGGAGACUUGCCCUCGAGUGUUUCCUUCAUAAGGCUGUGCAGAGGACUCUCAAUGUCAUCGUGCUUGUGGAGGACUUUUGCCAGGUCUCGCUCGUUCUGUCGCCUGCUUCGGUUUGUAGACUCCGAUAUUAAGUGAUGUUGGUGGAUUGCUGUGACAUGUAGAAGCACACAACAUGCUCUAAAGUUUGAAGCUCGAAUUUUACUUAAGAUUUGUUGGACUACACUGCAACUCGUGAUUUAUGUUUCGUUAUCCUCCUGAUCACACAAAGCUCUACAAGUUCCCCGGACGCUGGGCAGAGAUCAGGGAUGCGAUUUCCGACCACUUUUUCCCUAGGUGAAGUCUAGCGUGUUAUCCUUCCCAUGUGAAACAUUCAAGACAGCGACUGGAGGCUGCUGCAUAGUUUCAAAUGACGGUCUUGGCGUUGCCGCACUCCACAGCAUUCCAAGGAGGAGCUUAAUCUUAGAUUUUGAAGAGGAAAGCGAUCCUUUGAAUGCUGCGUAGUGUAGCAAAGGCAGGAUAUCAUAAGCAGUCGGCAUAUCCCAGCACUCGAACACAGUUUUCGAACCCGGUGGUAAAGUACAGAAACGACUUCGUCAAACGCGGAUAGAUAGAAGCGUUGAUCGUCAACUUCGUGAGUGAAGCUUCCAUUGCACGUCUUCGAAAGUUUGAAUGGUGAAUAAUUACACCCUCUAUAAUCUUUUGCCAUUCAAUUACUCAAAACGAGAUAACGUGCAAACAUCAGUCAAUUCAUCCAGAACGACCACGGCCAGUUUCCCUUGCAUAGUACAUAUGCAA